UUUAUUGUGAAAUCCGGAGCCGGAAGUCCUCUUUGUUAUUCAUCUGCCUUCACUGCGGCUCCUCGUGUUUUUACCGAAGAGAGAACCAAGAAGAAAUACUUCACGAUCCAAACUCAGACCAAAUACAGCCGAAAAUGGACAUGAAAAAGAGGCUCUCGCUGGAGUUGAGGCACCGGUCCCCUUCGGAGAUGAAGGAGCUGGUUCUGGACAACUGUCGCUCGAGUGAAGGGAAGAUCGAGGGAAUCACGGAAGAGUUUGCAAAUCUGGAGCGUCUCAGCCUCAUCAAUGUCGGUCUGACCAGCGUCGCAGAGCUUCCCAAACUCCAAAAACUCAAAAAGUUGGAGCUGAGCGACAACAGGAUAUCUGGGGGUCUGGAGGUGCUGGCCGAGCGACUGGUGAACCUCACACAUCUGAACCUGAGCGGGAACAAGUUCAAAGACAUCAGCACCCUUGAGCCACUGAAAAAGUUGCCUCAGUUGAAGAGCCUGGACCUGUUUAACUGUGAAGUGACAAACCUGGCGGAUUACAAAGAGUCCAUCUUUAAGCUCCUCCCACAGCUCACGUAUCUGGACGGAUAUGACAUCGACGACUGCGAGGCGUCCGACUCAGAGGGAGAUGGGGUCGAGGAUGAGGACGAAGAGGGUGAGACUGAGGACUUUGAGGAUGAGGAGGAGGACGAUGAUGAAGAUGUUGUGGCUGAAGAGGAUGAUGACGACGAUGAAGAUGAGGAUGGAGAGGUGAAUGGCGAUGUUGACAGUGAUGAUGACGAGGAGGAUGACGACGAUGAAGAUGAUGAUGAUGAGGACUCUUCUCCAACUAAAGGAGAGAAGAGAAAGCGAGACGGGGAGGAUGAUGAAGACGAUGAUGACGAUGACUAAUAAAGACCGCCCCCCUUUCCAGAACCAUGUGACCUCCCUCGGACCCUGCUCAACUGCAUCACAUGACCUCCUCAAACACCCAGACAUGGCCGCGUUCAGUCACUUCCUCUUCCUGGUGCUUAUACCCUGUUCAACUUUAUACAAACUUUAAAUUUGACCUCCAGACUGCUAAAAAAAACUACAAAAUUUAGCUUUAUAAACCAUAAUUGUAUGCACAUUGUCUUUAAAGAUCCACUUUGUAAUCUUUGGAGGGGUACACCACCUGCUUCUGAUGUCUUGACGUUAUCGGUUUGCCUGGAAUAUUUCACAGUAUGGCAUUAAAUUUAUCUUCAUGGAGACGAGCUUGUGACACAACCAAGCCAAGUCAUAGGUCAGAUCUGUGGAGAGGCGACCCGGCUUACAGUCUGAAUGCAUUUAAGGCAUUUUUUUAGCAAUGAGAAACUCCUGUCUUUACUCAUUUAUUCAAUUGCAGACACUUUUAAUGCCAUACUGUGGGAAAAUUCUCAGACAAAGCAAAUGGUGGACCCCCAACCUGAAAAGUUACAUAGUGCAUCUUUAAGCGCGCUUUAGUCCCUCAACUGGCAGCUCAAAACCAAGUAAUAGGACAAUGAUUCCAAAAUGAUUAUAAUAUGUUGUGCAUAUUAAAGUGUCUCGUAUUUGUACAAAAGUGGUCUAGGUAGGAUACAUGAGCAUGGGUAAUCGUUUUUCCUUCAGUAGUUGAUUCAACAGUUUUUGGAGUAGCAGAUGGGAGCAGUGAGGUUAAUGUUUCAAAUAUAGCUUUUAUCGGCUGCCAAUUCUCCUUUCAUUGCUGGUGCGUUCCAUUAAAAAGAAUUAUUUCAACGUUUUUAUUUUGUUUCUCAUUUAUACAAAUCUAGAAAGCAGCUCUCCCCAAAAAAGGUUCUGCAAUGUGGAAUUAAUAAAAAAAACUAAAUUGGGGACAUUUUUUGGAGCAGAAAUUGUGGCCCUUAUUAUAUUAAGCACACAAUUUAUUAAACAUAUUGGCCUAAUUAUAAGCAAUACAUGAAUCCUCUUUGUCAUAGCUCCAAUCUGCCAUCCCAAAAAGAAAGCAUGCAAACACCGAUCUACUGAAGGCAAUAGGUUGUGUAGAAAAGUGAAAUAAAAGACGUCAGUUAAUGAUCCUAAAUUAAAGAAAAUUCAUUACUUAUAAUUUUGUUGCGGCCAAUCGCGCUCAGGGCAAACGUCUUCUCUUCUCUCUCUCUUUCGCCAAACAAGAGCUUUUUAAAAUAAAUAUUUUUGCAGAAAAAUAAGAUUUUGUUGAAUAUGCUUUUGUGUGGUUGUUUAUCCGUUCAUACACUGACUGGCUUUUGUUUGUUUUUUUGUUGUGAUUUUUUUUUUUUUACUUUUCUGUAACUUAAAGGAAAAUCCAAAAAUAAAUACUCAAAGGACUUUGUAAAUAAAAUCUUAACAUUUUGUGA